CCCUCAAAAUAUGGCUUAUUCUCAACUGACGAUGUCUGAUUGGCCAGAUUUAAAUUUCCGUCAGGUUUCUUCCUGUGCUCUGUGCUUUGCAAAAUAACCUUACUUUUUUCAGCAUGUCAUUUUCUUAAGAUUUCAUUUUUUAUAAAUAAUAUGUCAUAGAAUUAUUUUAUUCAUUAUAUAUAUCCUAGAAAUCAAGACUGGACAUUCAAUAAGUCGUGUAGAGGAACCAAGAGCAUGAGUUUCAGUUCAACAUUGCAGAGUGUCAAAGAUGAACACUGGGAUGGAGUUAACCAGGUGAAAAUGGAGAAUCAGUUAGUAGUUAGUGUUAAAUCUGAAAAACCAGAAGCAGAACAAACUGUGAAAAACACAAAGAUAGAAAAUAUGGACACUUUGAUGCUAAAUGAAGAGUUUGACAUCAAAUGUGAAUGUGAAGAUGCCAUAUUUGAUAGAAUUAAAGUUGAAGAGAAAUUAGAGCCUGGACUUGAAGCUGAUUCAGCAGCAGAUACAGUUAACCAGAUGAAAAUGGAGUCCCAAGAAUCUGACAAGCUGGAAGAAAAACCAGAUUUAAGGAGCGUUGGGGCUACAUCACAGAUUUGA